AUGGCUGGUACUAUUAAUGCUUUUCUAGCAGAUGCACACAUAAAAUAUUGGAUUGUUGAUUCUGGAGCCACAAAUCAUAUGGACCUCUACAGUGGAAUGGUGAAGGGGAUUGGUAGAGAAAGUGAAGGACUUUAUCUGUUCCUUCAAAAAUCUAUCAAUAACAACAACACUAUAGCAAGAGGAUUGACUGGAAUAAAGGAGAAUUUAAAUAUUGGAUUGUGGCACAGAAGGCUUGGGCAUGCAUCAGCAGUAGCCAUAAAGCAGAUCUUAGGUCUGGGACAAGAAGAAUGUAAAGUAGCAAUAGAUAGCUGUACAAUCUGCCCUUUAGCAAGGCAUACUAGACUACCAUUUCACAACAGUACAAGUAGGUCUUCUGAUAUUUUUGAGUUGUUACACGUUGAUGUGUGGGGACCUUACAAUAAUGAGAUUGCUGAGAGGAAAUACAGACACAUUCUAGAAAUAGCAAGAGAAGUUAGGUUUCAAGGAGGUAUUCCUCUGAAGUUUUGGGGACACUGUGUUCUAGCUGCAGUCCAUAACCAUGACAAAUUUGUAGCAAGAGCAGCUGCAGGAGUUAUGAUGGGAUACUCAGCAGUCAGCAAAGGGUACAUACUAUAUGACCUCACUAAUCGUGUGUUCUUUAUAAAUAGGGAUGUUCAUUUCAAGGAACAUAUUUUUUCUUUCAAGCACAAGCCAGCUACACAUUCAUCAUUGUUCUCAGAAGUUGAACCAAACAGUGAUCCAAGCCUAGGCUACACAGCAAAUGAGCUGACAUAA